UGGUAGAGACGUGAAUUUAGAGCUCAUCAUGACAUCCCCCUUCAAAUAACGUGGCUUUGGGUUUGUGUGGUGCAGACAAUAGAUCACAAUGGAUCACAAUGGACUGACAGCUCGUAACAACACUGAAGCACACGGUUCAAUCCAGACUCCUUCAGGAUCAUCCACACUCUCUGGUUGGAAUGGCAGCUAUAGAUUGGAGAGAGUUUGGAGCUCCUCCCUGACGCAUCUGCACGGACAAAAGCUUUGUCCUUUCUGGGGUCAGGUCUGUUACGUGGACAUUAGCGGUGCAGCAGACUUGGAACAACUUUAUUUGAAAUUUCUGACAGAGAAGAAGAAGAAAUCCAGGAUGUCAUUUCUGCUCCGACAUCGCUCAACAGCUCAUCGGAGCGCACACUGCCUCCUGGCAUGUGUAUUCAUCAUGCUCACUUUCUCUGGACCAGUUUCUCCCCUUCUGGCUCCUCCAGUAACAACAGGUCUGCGCUCUGCUUUCUCCGCCACACAAACCAGCAGCGUGGUGGGAGGCAGGCAGAAGGCCGUGACUUUCAACAGGCUUAUGGUCAACAUCGGAGAGGAUUUCAAUCCAGACACCGGUCGCUUCCGCUGUCGCAUCCCUGGGGCUUACUACUUCUCCUUCUCAGUGGGGAAGUUUCCAAAGAAAAUGCUUUCUGUCAUACUGGUGAAGAACGGGGAGGAGGUGCAGGCGAUAGCUUAUGAUGACUACCGCAAGAAAGGAAGGAAAGUUCAGAGUCAGAGUGUCAUGAUCAGUUUGAAGGAGAUGGACACAGUGUGGCUGCUUUUGCAGCAGAGUCCUCAAUAUGCUUUGUACAGCAAUGCUGGGCCUUACAUCACUUUCUCUGGUUACCUCAUCUACCCUGACAUCUCCACAGCCAGCUACAUGAGCAACCACCUGUCCUCACCAGGCCUGUCCCACCUUCAGUGCCCUCCUCAGGCGUCAGAGCAGCCCCGCUCUGCCUUCUCUGUGGCACGGACGUCCACACUCAUGGGUCAGAGCAGCAGGCAGCAGGACAAGCCACCUCUGACCUUUGAUGUGGAGUAUGUCAACAUCGGGGGUCAUUUCAACAAAUCCUCAGGCCUUUUCACCUGCCGCUACCCAGGGGCUUACUUCUUUGCCUUCACUGUGGGGAAACACCCUCGUAAAGCCGUGUCUGUGAAGCUGAUGACCGGGAAGGGUGAGGUGCAGGCGAUGGUGUUUGAUGAAGACACGUCGAAGAGGCGGGAGAUGCAGAGUCAGAGUUUGCUGCUGUCUCUGCGUCAGGGAGACAGCGUGUGGCUGUACAGUCAGCAGGAUGAGCGUUACGCCGUCUACAGCAACCAGGGGCGGUACACCACCUUUUCUGGAUUCCUGGUUUAUCCUGGGGAAGAACUUUUCACAUCUCCAACCAACCAGGACAGAACUCACCUCUGAAUGUCUUUUUGUCAAAAAGGAAAAGGAUAAAAAAAAACAAAUUUUGUUUUUGCAGACAAUCUGUAGGUUGUUUCUAAUCUUGAUCUAAAUCUUGAAUCUGUGGUCAGUAUAGCAUAAGUGCAUUUACUACUUUGUUUGUAUUUUAUUUCCUUUUAUAGUAAAUAAUGCCAUCCCAGCUGUAAUAUUUAUUGCCAAAUUACUCCACAAGAUGGUGCCAUGACACAAUUAUGGACAUUAACCAGCAGGAUGGUUAUUUCUGUCCUUAACGUGCAAUUAGCUGUAAAACACAGAAAGAAAAUAUAAUAUGUGUGUUUAUAAAUACUAUGAAUUAUUGAUUACAUUUAUUUUGUUGAUUAAUUUGAGAUACAUCAUGAGUCGUGAGUGAUAGUUGUGUUUCAUAUGGAAUUUUUUAUUUUGUGGAUAAACUGUAUCUGUAAUGGCACUUUGUGCAUUUCAGGCUAAUCUCAAUAAAUUCACACAUUGUAUUGGAUUUAUAAAGUUAUCGUUGACUUUGUCAAGGUGAAUUAAAUGUUAAGUUAAAAUUCAGUUUUCAGCACUGAAAGGACAAUUGAGAGAUAAACUGGACAAACUGAAUGAAUGACUGUCGCUGCAACAA